GACGAAGACUAUACAAGCCUUUAUCUUUAUCUCCUAUGUCACUAUAGCCUAUAGGGAUAAAACAACAAAAAGGAGGAAAAUAAAGAAGAAUAAAAGCUCUAAUUAAAGUACAAGUUGCCAUGCGUACUCACUCUAUAUAAACCUCAGACUUUUGGUCUCACUCAGAAACCCACGCGCAGUUAGUAAACUGAUCACUCUAAAUUACAAAGAACAUGGCUCGAAUUGUGCGUGGUUUCAUCGUCAUGCUAAAAACCAACAUCGUCGAAAUUCCUAGUUGCGAGACCUACCGGCAUCGACCCGGGAAUAUACUGCAGAUCACGCAUCCCAACCGUAUGCACGCCAGCAGGAGGAAUAUUAGUCGCUCAAGAAUAUGUGAAGAUAGCAAGCCCAUCAGCAAAGGGGGCGGUGGGAAAAUCAAUGGGACGACGACGUUGAAACAGCAGGAUGUUUCUGAUGAUGAAAUCAGCAGCUCAAAGACUGAUCAGAACGAUGGCAAGCAAAGUAACGGAGAUACAAAAGCUACAACAGAAAAGACUGGCUCUACCGGUUGACUAAUUAUAAAUUUACGCUUUUUAAUUAAGAGAUAAGCUGUGUGAUGUGGAUUCUAUAUGAUGGAAUAAGUCUUCUCUCCCUCUUUCUUAGAUAUUUGUGUUUGUGUUUGUGUUCGUGGGUGUGAUUUCGUUACUGUAACUGCUUUAUUUCCAGACAUGUAUAAUAAAUAAUCAAUAUUGUUAAGUGCUUUAUGUAAUGGCGGAGCCAAAAGUAUUUCAUAAUUAGCGUCUCACAAAUAUAUAUUAAGAUUUUUUUCCUUUCAAUUCAA